AUGAACAUAUUUCUGUUAAAUAUUAUCGGCCUAAGAACAUGCCAAGGGGACGAAAACGAAGUCAGAUUGAUGCGCUACCUCAUGGCAGACUACGAUGCCGCCGUAAGACCCGUUCCAAACUCGUCGUUACCGCUGAGCGUUAUAUUUGGAGUGUCUCUUCACCACAUCAUUGACGUGGACGAGAAGAACCAGAUCCUGACAACAAAUUGCUGGAUUACUCAAAUCUGGAUCGACCACCAUCUACGAUGGAACUCUUCAGACUUCGCUGGGAUUACAGUCAUCAGGAUCCCGUACAAUAGGGUUUGGAGGCCGGACUUAAUCUUAUAUAACAACGCCGAUCCCCAGUUCCAGUCGUCCGUGAUUAACACCAACGUGAUCGUGUCCAGCACGGGAGAGGUGGUCUGGCUCAGCCACGGCAUCUACCGCUCGUCCUGCGACAUCAACGUCGAAUACUUCCCCUUCGACCUGCAGAGUUGCCACAUGAAGUGGGCUUCCUGGACGUAUGACGGCUAUCAGGUGGAGCUAGUGAAGCAAACGGAAGAGGGGGAUGUCAGCAACUACCAGGCCAACGGCGAAUUCGAUCUGAUAAGUUUUUCGUCUGUGAAACACAUUGAAUUUUACUCGUGUUGCCCCGAACCCUACCCCGAUAUCACGUAUACGAUUAAGCUAAGAAGAAGGCCUUUGUUCUACGUAUUCAACUUGAUACUGCCUUGCAUCUUAAUAAACGGAAUUGCGUUAUUAGUUUUCUACGUUCCUUCAGAAUCUGGAGAAAAGGUUACUCUUGGAAUCAGUGCUCUUCUGUCCAUGACAGUCUUCCUAAUGACUAUUAGAGAGACGCUACCGCCUACGGAGAAGACUCCAUUAAUCAGUAUGUACUACGGCGUAAGUAUCUGUUUGGUGUCAUUUGCGUCAGGAUUGUCAGUGGUAACUUUGAACAUCUACCACAGAGGCGUAAGGGGUGCGGCAGUACCAGGGAUUUUGAGGUCCGUGGUCUUAGAUAAGCUUGCUCCACUAGUCUUCAUGAGAUUUAAUAAUAACAGGCACGGGAAUCCCCAAAUCCAGGAAAUAAACCCGCAAACGGGCACUAGAUUGGAUUGCCCGUGGCCCUGGACCGAUAAGAGGUCCCAAGAAGAUGGGUACUGCCUGCAGCAGCGUCAACAACGCUCUCCAAGAUUUGUUCCUCGUGCACGAGAAACGGAGUUGGAUAUGUUCGAGAACCAGAUCAUCCGCAUCCUCAACAAGGUCCACGCCAGCAUUGACCGGAACGAACAAAGACUAACGGAGCAGGACAGAAGGGAUCUUACCGAGCUGGAAUGGAAGCAGACGUCCAUCGUCCUCGACCGGCUCCUGCUCGGCAUCUUCCUCUUGAUCACCAUCAUCAGCACCACCACAAUACUCUGCCGCAGUCCGCAGGAUCAAACCCCCUAG